GGUUUCGUGAUCUGGUGGCUAUGGCGCUCGCGUUCGGAGCUCAGACAGCGGUAGUGUUGUGCUCCACGCCGGCAUUUUCGUCCCGGGUCACGAUUUGCUGCCAGCGGCGGAAUUCCGUGGUUGUCACCCGGGAGCGCGGCAAGAAUGACAAGCUUAUCAAAGCACUGCGUAAUCACCAAAUAGAAUGUUUGGAGCUCCCUUUGAUAGAACACACUCCCGGUCCUGAUUUACAUCGAUUGGCACUGACAUUGCAAGAACGAUCUUUCCAAUGGAUUGUGGUGACAUCACCAGAGGCUGCUGCUGUCUUUGCAAAUGAAUGGAAGAACGCAGGCUGUCCCAAAGUCAAAGUGGCGGUUGUUGGUGACGGCACCAAGCAAGCGUUCCGUGACACAGUCAGUCAGCCAAACUUUGAAGUUGGAUUCGUCUCCUCCCAAGCAACCGCUAAAGUUCUCGCGGAGGAGCUCCCAAAGCCGGACGGCGGCCAGUCCUUGGAAGUUCUCUAUCCAGCAUCACUAAAAGCCAGUGACGAUCUUGCAAAUGGACUAUCUCACCGCGGUUUCAAGGUGUGCCGGCUCAACACGUACUCCACUGAAUCUGUGAAAGUCCUUCCAGAGAGUGAUGUCCAAAUGGCACUACGGGCCUCCGUCGUAGCCUUUGCUUCUCCCACCGCUGUCAAGGCGUGGAUGGAGCUCGUUGCGAAAACACACGACUGGAAUGGAGCGGCGGCUUGUAUUGGAGGCACGUCUGCCGCUGCUGCAAGGAAAGCCGGCAUGGAAAAAAUUUUCUACGCUCACAAUCCUGGAAUUGACGGCUGGGUUGAGAGCGUUUUGGAGGCGCUAAAAAAUGUAUCUCCGGUGGCAACUUAAGUGUCCUUUUGCAUCAAAGCGCGAAUGCUUUGUCCAAGCAUAGAUUCUCGACGCGUUUGCUAACAUCGUGCGACUCCAUGGCCCAAUGGAUAAGGCGCUGGUCUACGGAACCAGAGAUUCUGGGUUCGAUCCCCAGUGGAGUCGAUUAAGCUUUGAUCUUUAUUUUUUCUUCUCUCUCUUUAAACGCUAGUUUUGUGCGUCUUCGUGUUUGAAGUUUCUCUCUUUUUGAAGCUUUUCUGUCUUUAUUUUUUCUUCUCUCUUUUGCGGCAUGAGUUUAACGCUAGUUUUGUGCGUCCUGUUCUUCGUUUCAGUCGAUGCUGGUGGCGGCGAAUGGGACCAAGUUAGCAGCCUCGAGGAUCUGGACGCUUCCAAGUUCAAGGAAUUCGUGUCUCCCAUCGUCCAGGUAGCAGCCAACACUUACAGGUAUCCAAUGCUCAAGCCCCUCGCUGGAUGGAUCCCAGCUCCCACUGUGGAGCCGCUCGCUCCAAGCUUCGGUGCUCACGCUCUCGUCUACCAGAAGAAGAACAGCAGUGGUGGAGCUCUCAUCGUUGCCUUCCGAGGAACGGACCUCUCGAGCCGAGCAGAUCUGUGCGCUGAUAAAGUUCUCUUCAAUGACAGCCUCCUCGACACCAGUUGCGACGACUUCUCCAGCGAAACUCUCGACUACUUCUCCCAGGCAGUGAGCUACACCCGCAAAGUCUUGGAUGCCAAUCCUGGAGCACCAGUUCUUCUCACGGGACACAGCCUGGGAGCCGCUCUCGCGAUUCUCGUCUCGGCUCACUUCUCCGCCAGCGGCAACGUCAUUCCAGUCGUGAGCUUCAGCGCGCCUCCCAUGGCCAGAGUUCUCGAGAGAAGAUCGCUGGAUCUGGGAGCUGCCAAGGAGAGGAAAGUUUACGCUGUUGGUGAUGAGUGGGACUUUAUCAUGUGGCCAGCGAGGAACCAAGUUGGAGUUUUGUGCUUGUACGAGACUGUGCGGCCUUCCCAGUGCCAGAAUUGUCACUCCAUCAAGACCGACCACUGCUUCCAGUGCUUCGUGAAGACUCAUUUCAUGAAGCAUGUCAUCUUUCUGGUGGAGAAGAGCGUCAAAAAACCUCUUUGCAGGGACCUGGGAGUGAGUCUGGUCAGCGAAAUCCGAUAGUGUGAAAAAGACUAGCUACCUCUGGCUAAUGCAUAGAAAGGCUAGUUUUUCAAUGGUGCU